GACUAAAAAUAUAAUUUUGCGUUUAAUUUAAAUACAUAUAAGUUGUAACAUGAAGGUGAAAUAGGAACGUGUAAGAACAGAUCCGUUCCCUAUAAUCUAUAUAAUGGAGAAUGAGACCAUCAUUCACAACAAAAAUAAUGGAGAAAGGAGACGGAAAUUCGCAGAAGAAAGCUCACUGCUUAAUCCUGCCAUUCCCAGUUCAGGGCCAUAUAAACCCUAUGCUCCAAUUCGCCAAACGUUUACUCCAAAACGGUAUACAAAUCACCUUCGUUGUAACUCAAAAUGUGGCCAAAACCGCACUCUUCUCAUCAACUACCAGUGCCAUCCCACUCGAAAUCAUCUCCCUUGGAUCCGCCGCCGACUUGCCCCACGGCACCAGCUACGACGUUUACUUGGCACGAUUUCUGGAAUUCGGGUCGAGAACUUUGAAGGAAGCGUUGGUUAGGCUGGCCGAUUCGGGUCGGCCGGUGGACUGUAUCGUUUACGACCCUAUUCUACCUUGGGGUUUGGAUGUGGCCAAAGAGUUCGGCAUGGCGGCGGCGGCGUUCUUCACGCACUCCUGCGCCGUGGACCAGAUUUACUACCAUGUGUUCAAGGGGGAAUUGAAGGUUCCGCUGUCCGGAGAGGAGAUUUUGCUUCCCGGGUUGCCGCCGUUGAUGCCGGACGAUAUGCCUUCGUUCGUGCACGUGCACGGAGCCUACCCGCCGUUUUUGGAGAUGACUGUGAAUAGGUUCAGCGGCCUUGAGAACGCUGACUGGCUGUUUUUCAACACAUUCUACAAGUUGGAGGAAGAAGUGAUUGAUAAUAUGGCAAAGUUCUUUCCCGUGAAGACCGUGGGGCCGACUAUACCAUCCAUGUACUUGGACAAGCGCUUGUCAGAUGACAGAGAAUAUGGGCUUAGCAUCUACAAUCCGGACACUGAGGCCUGCAUGGAAUGGCUGAAACAACGACAACCCGAAUCUGUUGUAUAUGUUUCUUUCGGAAGCUUAGCCAAAUUAGGAGAGGAGCAAAUGGAAGAACUGGCAUGGGGUUUAAGAUUAAGCAACAAGCACUUCUUGUGGGUAGUGCGAUCAUCAGAAGAAUCCAAACUUCCCAAAGACUUUGCCAAAGAAUCUUGGGAGAUGGGACUAAUUGUGCCGUGGUGCCCCCAAUUGGACGUUCUGGCCCAUGAGGCCGUAUGUUGCUUCGUUACACACUGUGGGUGGAACUCGACGUUGGAGGCACUGAGUCUGGGAGUCCCAAUGGUGGCAAUCCCCCAGUGGAGUGAUCAAACCACAAAUUCAAAGUUUGUGAUGGAUGUAUGGAAGAUGGGAGUUUGGGCUAAAGUAGAUGAUAAUGGAGUUGUUGGUCGAGAGACGGUUGCUCGUUGCAUAAAGGAUGUAAUGGAAGGCCAGAGACGGGAAGACAUGAAGAGAAAUGCAGGCAAGUGGAAGGAAUUGGCUAGGGAAGCUGUGGAGGAAGGUGGAACUUCUCACAAAAAUAUCCAAGACUUUCUAUCUGCUAUUUCUUCCAAUCGCACUUCCCACCAUCUACCUUCUUAGCAAAUGUUGAUUUCAAAUCCCAAAUUCAUAAAUAAUUAUAUAUAUA